GUCGAAGCCAUAGGCAAUAGCGCCUAGCAGCGUACCUAGUGUCAGAACGACCCGCGUUACCUCGUGUCACUAACUAGUUGGAUGGCCGCUCGCUGAAUCGCCGCUGAUCGGCUGAAUCGCUGAAUGGCUUAUCGGCUCUCGACUCGCCUUUGACCUGUGCCGUGACGCAGCAAGCAGGCAGUGCAGAAUAGUUGAAAUUACUGCUAGCUCGCGAAAUAGCCUGACUCGGCUUCUCAGAGCAAUCCCUGUCGAUUCGUCGUCUCGAGCAUCCGUCUCUCCUGCACCGGUUACCACGGCCGCGCGUUCUUCGCCUGUCUUCGUUUCAGCUGUCGCGAAGGCUACGGCCGUCUCGAGUGUUACGGGCGUGACGUUUCUCUCCUGGGAUCGGAUCAGCGGGCGAGGCGGCGAUGAUAGUGUGCGUGGGCAUCGUGGGGCAGGCGAACAACCCGCUGUACCUGCAGAGCUUUCUGGAGGCGGACGACCCGCUCAAAUUCCACUUCAUCGUGCACUGCUCGCUCGACGUCAUCGAUGAGCGUGUAUCAACGCCCCGCAGAGGGGGUGCCAAUGAACCCUACCUAGGCUUGCUGUAUCCCACGGAAGACUACAGAGUGUAUGGCUAUGUGAGCAACACCCAGAUCAAAUUCAUAAUUGUCGUUGAUGGCCUCGAUUUGAGGGAGAGCGACAUAAGAAAUUUCUUCAAGCGCCUUCAUUCUGCAUAUGUUGAUGCCACCUCCAACCCUUUCCAUGUGCCGGGGAAACGCAUCACUUCACCUGCUUUUGCGGAGAGAGUUGGGGCUUUAGUGCAUUCAGUAUCACCUCCCAAAGCAACGUAGCAUGGCUACAAUGUUGCCAGAAACAUUUCAGACAUCACUGCAUUGCUGUCGAACACGACGUUGAUUUUUGUGCUUGUAAAAAAAUGUCCUUAGAGGUUUCUGGAAAAUUUUGCAGGGCUGCUCUGGCUGUGGGAGCAAAUGGUUUGGAUUGGCUUUGUAUGUACCAUCGCUUCUUA